AUGAAAGAGACGAAGAAGAGGGGAAAGAAAAGCAAACCGACGGUGGCCGAUCUUCUGGAAACACCGUCGCCGGUGGUUUCUCCGGCGGAGGAUUCUCCCAAAUCGGCGAUUUUCACAAGAGCUGCUUCCAUCUCCAAGAGCGUGAAGAGAGUAACUGUUGCUCUCGGCGACAGCACUUCAGUGCCGAGCAACAUCACAGACCUCAAGAACCUCGCCUCUUCAGGUGUUGACGAUCUCAAACGCCGGAUCGAUCGCUCUCACUCUGAGAUCCUCAAGGAUCUCGAGGCUUCUCAUUCGCGUCUGCACAAGCGUUUCAAGAUGCAGACUCAAGCAUGCCAGCAAGUGAUGGAUGAAGCAGAGAAGGAAAACAAAAAGGUUUCUGAACGGAUUACGGAAAGCCGAGAAGCAAUGAUGGCUUCGUAUGAAGAGUUCAUGGCAGAUGCAAAGGCCAGCGCAUCUCGUGCGAGCAAGAGUUCUAUUGCUGAGCUUUCGCAGUCGUUUGAGAAGGCUAUUAACUCUCUUCGAAACCGUUAUGGAGUUUCAUCAAAUUAG